AAUUAUGUCAAUAGAGAGUUUGACAGAAUAACAGUUAAAGUACACCAAUAGAUCGGCGGUCUAUUUAACAAAGCAAAAAGACAUAUAUGAGACACAUACAUAAUAAUCGCCAUUGAUGAAACAUGGACUUGGACCAGAGUUUUCUGUCAGAGCUGCCACUGCAGCAUCGGCAGAAAGUCUGCAAGCAGAUCAGACAGAAGCAGAUUGAGAAGUAUGUGACGUUCAUACACUCAGAGAGGGGUCGUGAGUUGGAGCCACGCAAGACUAAUAAGAAGCGUGCCAACGUGAGAUUCUCCACGGACCAUCUGUUACAGAAUGCCAUUGAUGAGGGGGAUGACCUUCAAGUUGUUAAGUAUCUACAGGAAGGUGGUGAUCCCAAUUUCUUCACUGGCAAUGGGACCACGCUGUUACACAAGUGCGCCAUGGAGGACAACGUGUCUGCAGCAGACAUGCUGGUACAGAGUGGAGCAGACGUGAAUGUUGUCGAUGACGACUGGUGGACGCCGUUACACACGGCAUGUUCCUGUGACAGUGUGGAAGUGGCACAGCUCUUACUAAAUAAUGGUGCCAAUGUGGCUGCUAUUGAUGUUGACGGCUUCUUUCCUCUUGACUUGGCAGCUGAAGGUGCUGAGGUGAAAUCUGUGAUGCAACGACACCUGGAGCAGAUUGGUAUGACAGUGGACAGCUUGCAUCAGCAUCGCCAGAUACGUCCCCGGGACAUGCUAAACAACAUCAAGGGCCUGCCACUGGCCGCAGACAUCAACCAGCUUAAUGAAGAGGGGGUUAGCUUGUUGCACAUUGCCGCAGCCAAUGGUUAUCGAAGCUGCCUGAAAGCCCUGUUCAAAUAUAAUGUGGAUGUGAACAGGCUAGACUGGUAUGGCUGGACUCCCCUGCAUGUGGCUGCACGCUAUAACCAGUUGAGGUCAAUAGAGGUGCUUCUGAAGAAGAAAGCGAACCCUAACAUUGUGGACUCACUGGGAAGUAAGCCGUCUGCAGUCACCUGCUCCGAUGAAAUCAGAGCCAUUCUCAUCAAAGCAGAGAGAAAAUGUCAGACAGUUGACAACAGUUCUGUCACCGAGGACAAGGAUAAGACUAAUCUUGUCCACUCAGAUGAGGACAUAUCGGAUCACAGAGAGAGCGUGUAUGACGAGAUUGAGGAUGUGACCCAUUUACGACCCUUGCCCCCUGGGAGGCCCCCGCCCCCACCUCCACCCACUGUGUUCAGGAUCAACAGCAAGACUGUACGUACACGUCAUGUGACCAUCUCAAAGGAAGACGAGCUGCAGGAAGCCAAGGCCAUGUACGAGUAUGUCUCCUUCUCGAACUUGGAUGAACAAGAAGCAAAAACUAAGCCAAGGGGGACCACCAGGAAAGUGGGCAGAGACCAGUUUGAUGAUAAGAAGGAGACUGCUGGAGAAUCCAUGUAUGAACCCGUGGCCAUCUGGAAAUCAGGGGGUAGCAAAAAGGGAAAAUUGACUACAUGCUCUACAACAGACAAUCUCAUCACCUUGACAACCAUCAAAGAUGAGGCUGUGUUAAAGGAGCUACAAGUGCGUUAUGAGGCCAGCCAGAUAUACACACUCAUCGGCGAUGUCCUUAUUGCUGUUAACCCUUUCAGGGACAUUGAGAUUUAUUCAAAAGAUAUAUCUGAAAAAUAUCACAGUCGUGAUCCAGGCAUCCCUUUGCCGCCCCACAUUUAUGAGAUUGCAGAGAACUCAUAUCAGGCACUUCUGCGUGAAAAUCAAUCCCAGUGUCACGUCAUAUCGGGAGAAAGCGGGUCCGGCAAAACAGAGUCGUGUAAAUUAAUUGUUCAGCAUCUCUUGAGGGAUGCAGGCAGCGAGGAGACACAGCUCAGUGCAAAAAUAAACCAAGUGAAUCCCCUAAUUGAAGCCUUUGGCAAUGCUAUCACUCUGAUGAACAACAACUCCAGUCGAUAUGGAAAAUAUGUGGAACUGAAUUUCAACAAAAAUGGAAAAGUUGUUGGAGCGAACAUAUCAGAGUAUUUACUGGAGAAGUCACGAGUGGUUCAUAGGGGAGGGGAGGAGUGUAACUUUCACAUCUUCUACUGGAUGAAUGCAGGGCUGUCACCAGAGGAGGUCUCACUGUACAAACUGCAGAACAUGGAUAGGUUCAGGUACCUCUCUGGGACAAAGAUGGACCCUUCCUCCAGCAAUAAGGCCAAGUUCUGGGAGGUUAAGGACUGCCUAAAGUACAUCGGCUUUUCAACCAUGGACAUCACAAGCAUGCUUCAGAUUCUCUCCAUUGUUUUACACCUUGGGGAGAUCUCCUUCAAAGGGGUCGGCAAUAACGAUGCAGCAGUCAUCAGCAAUCAAGAUCAGCUGCAGUGUGUGGCUGACAUGCUGGAGGUGUCUGGCAAGGAGCUGGGGUCGGCGCUGGUGGCCGACUACACCAUGACCAGAGGUGAGCAGAUCAAGAAGGAGCGCACAGUGGAGCGAGCGGUGGACUGCAGGGACGCCUUGGCCAAGACACUGUAUGCCCGCUUGUUCAGCUGGAUAGUCAAUGGCAUCAACCAGCUCAUACAGCCUGGAGACCAGGGAAUGGACCUGCAGAUAGGGAUAUUGGACAUAUUUGGUUUUGAAAACUUUCCUGUCAACAGUUUUGAGCAGAUGUGUAUCAAUGUGGCCAAUGAGCAGAUACAGCUGUACGCCAAUGAGAACAUCUUCAACAGUGAACAGCAAGACUGCCUGUUAGAAGGUGUCCCAUUGGUCGAUAUCAACUACGUCAGCAACCAGGAGAUUCUGGACGUAUUUCUUGAGAGGCCUACGGGCCUGCUUGCCAUACUGGAUGAGGAAUCUUCAUUCCCGAAGGCCACUGAUAAGUCCCUGGCCAGCAAGCUCCAUAGCAACGUUGGUAAGAAGCACGGUCGCUACUACAAGACGCCACGUGAUGGAGGUUUGUGCUUCACCAUGGUUCACUAUGCAGGCUGUGUGACGUACGAUGUGCGGGGAAUACUGGAGAAGAACAGGGACAUGCUACCUAACAGUGUCCUAUACACCAUGAAAACUAGCAACAAGCUGCUGAUCAAGGAGCUUUUCCAGUCACGUGUCACCAGAACGGGCUCUCUGGCUCCCAGCGCUCGACAGCAGAGGUCAUGCAGGGCGACUGUCAAAAAGUCCUCGUCGCCAUUUGAGUUCUUCCGUAAACUAAAGGGAGGUAACAGAGAUGCAAAGAAGCCCAACAAGAACAUUUCAGUGGAGAAGAAAGGUCCUUCUACAAUGGCAUAUCAUUUCAGGAACUCCCUGACGGACCUUAUAAACAAGCUCCAGGUGGCAAAGCCUCAUUUUGUGCGCUGUAUAAAACCCAACACUAGCAAAGAGGCAUUCAAAUUCGUCCCCGACUACGUCCUGGCCCAGUUGCGAUACACGGGUAUCUCUGAGACUGUCAAGAUACGGAAGUUUGGUUACGCUCUACGGGUGACGUACCACGAAUUUCUUGUCAGGUAUGCAGCAAUAGUGGCGUGUAGCCUGCCUAGCUUCUGUCCGUCCAACAACCGACAGAAGUGUGAAAUGGUUGUACUGCAUCUGAAGCUGGAGAAUGUGCAGUUCGGGAAGACGAAGGUGUUUUUCAAGUUGGACCAUGUGACCUUGUUAAACCAGAAGGCAGUGGAGUUGGAAUAUAAAGUGACCAAGGCACAGUCUGUGGUUAGAGGUUUUCUUGGUAGACAAGUGUCUAAGAGGCUUUCUGUACAAAGGGAACAAGAGAGACAACUUGCACUGAAACAGGAAGAGAUAAAGCAAAUCACGAAGUCCCUGGAAGGACUAGAUGAUAUCAUCAGCGAAUACGACACCGUCUUCAUUUCCCCGGCCCCAGGAAAGGGUCAGCGACCUCCCCCACCAGCAUCCAAGCCCCCGCCCAGUCGAGUUAGAUCCCAGGUAACCACAGAUACAGAAUUCCCAGCACCACCGCCUCCCCUUGUACCUCCAGUGGCCAUGGCGAUGAUGGAAGACAUGUCCCAUGUUGACCCUUACAGCCUGUAUGAUGAUGCGGUAUCUACAAAUAUACCAGGGAUUGUGACUGCAGAGGUCACGCCUCAGCCAGCAAGGUUACCAAUGUCAAGGUUAAAUGAAGGGGAGACUACAGCAGACCUGUGUGAUGAUGCUGUUAUUCUGAGGACUGCUUCGAAAGAUCACGAUGUAGAAGGCACAGCCAUAGCAGACGACAUGAACGGUCAUAUACAGCAACGAAGUUUGCCUCCCACCCCCACCCACCAGCAUGUGCUUCAUUUCGACCCCUCGCGGCCCCCGCCUAGCCCCAGGGAGAUGUACACCCAGGGGAUGCACCCAGAUCAGGUGGAUCAUAGGAAGCAAGCCCCACCCCCUCCUAGGAGAAAUCCAGAGACACGUCUUAGCACCAGUCAACAAGGCACUUAUGAUGAUGUUGAAGUUGAGCAUGGGGCCCCUCAUCAAUAUUACGAGCAACAACAACAACAGUAUUACCAACAACAAAUAUCACAACAGUAUCCUGGUCACCCCGGCAACCAGUCACCCAGACACGUCCCUCAGUCACCUGGGUCAAGUCGUCCUUUCUCCUACGGUGCUCCAGGUCAACUGAUGUCACCAAAAUCUAAACCCGCAGACAGACCAGUAACAACACAUAUUGGGCCUAACAGUGAUCCAAACGAACAUUACCUGAAUUCAAAUCAGGCACAUUACAACUAUUACCCUCAAGGUGGUGACAAUCUCCAGCACAAUGGUCAAGGUCAUUUGCAGGACUCUCCGGUACAUUUCCAGGGUCAAGGUCAUAGAGGGAGUCAUGGUAGCCCAACAACGGGAGGGAAAUUUUCCUAUGGCGAUGCAAGCGUUCAUCCUGCAAGUCCAGCUAUGCAGUAUGGGAAGACUGAGUCGGUGUUUCAGCCCCAGCCACACACUCCUCCGCCCCACCGGCCUCCACCCCCACCCCCUGGGGCUGAGGUCUCCUAUGGGGUUCAAGGUCAGCCAAACAAGGCCAGGUUUCCCAGCCCCCACAACAGUCCUCGACAAGGGCGUCGCUCCACCCCUUCCAUGGAUGUGUUACCACGGCAACAGUCCUAUGAGGCUGGGCCCUGCUUGCCUGAACUUCCGCAAAGGUACUCUCAGAGGAGCCAAUCCGUACCCUACAGCAACGAUAACGUGCACAUGAUGCAUGACAAUUAUUCUAGGGGAAAUGUGGGGAAUGUUUUGCUUGACAACCGAUCUGAGUCACCCCCCCUGCCUCCCCCACCCCCCGAACUGCUGGAGGACUUUGCUGCUGCUUCUGCCCCUGUUGCCCCACAUUAUUCUGCUCAUUCUGGUUACGUGCCUCCUCCAUUGCCCCCACAAGGACAACCUGCCAUGAUAUCUUCUCACCAUCAUCUUCAGCAGCAGCAAUAUCAGCAGCAGCAGCAACAACAGCCAGUUGCAUCUCAUCAUCAGCAACAACAUCAUCAUCAGCAGCCAGCCGCCCCACCUCCACCACCAUUGACAUCUAUUCCGAAGAAGAAAAAUGAUGAGUCAUUGCCAUCAAAGGGGGAUUACUCUUAUGGACCAGGUGCUGGAGUCACUUCCCCUGGUAUAGCAGCUGGCAUUCCACCUGCACAAAGGGCGGGUAAUUCAGGAAGGAGAGAAAGCGAUUCGUUGACCGAUGGGAUUAUGCAGGAAAUUUCUAAAGUCCAGUUAAAAAAGACAGAAGGGGGUACAACUCCGUCUUUGAGUGGAAAUGGAGUGGCAGAGUUAUCUAGAAUACAGCUUAGACAAACAUCAACAAGACUUAAACUGUUAGAAAGAGAUGGUAUUAAGACUUCCCCUGAGGAGGCCCCCACUGCCCUGGAAAUCCCCCCUGCGAAACCCCUUCCUGCCGCCCAGCCAGGGCAGACAACUCAGUUCCAGACGACACCUGACCAGCAGACUGAGAUUGUCUCCCCUGCCCAGGCAGUGAACUUGUUUGAGAAGAAAGCGGGUAAAGGUUCCAAAGACUCAGCUAUGGAGAUUUCAUUAGAUGAUAUAGAUGUGAGUGAGAUUCCAGGCUACAUUCCAGUAACAAAAUCAACGCCAAUAUGGAAGAGGGACAUGAUAGAAAAGAAGAACCAGGAAAAGCUAGAAGAAUAUAUUGCAAAGAAGAAGAGGGAGAAAGAAGAGGCAGAGAAAUGGAAGAAUGUGCCGGCCUGGAAACGCAAGCUUCUGGUGGAGAAAGCAAAGGAGAGCGAUCAGAAGUCAGAGGAGGAAAUGAAAAAGAUGAUACCCACUGCUGCGGAUGAAGAGGCCAACAGAAAACGACGGGCCAAAGAAGCUGAGGAGGAGAGAAAGGCCCGUAUUAAGGAGCAACAGGAAAUGGAAAAGAAGAUGCAGGAAGAAAUGCAGGAACUUCCAGAAUGGAAACGAGAAAUAAUGAUGAAGAGGGGAGGAGCAAUCAAGAACUGGGCGGAUGAGAGGGAAGGGCAAAAUGACCAGGAGAUAGCAGAGCAGGAACGGCUUGCUGCAGAGGAAGAAGCACGUGCCAAACCCCCUUCACCCGUACCUCAACAAGCCAAAUCUCCCGCGCAGCCCUCCAAACACGUGGAGCCCUCAAAACACGUGGCCCCUACAAAGCAUGUGCCAAACACCACAAUUCCCGUGCAGGGGUCUGGGGGUCACGUGCAAAAUUCACCUGCCGCUCAGCCAGCUAAAAAGCAAGCAGCCGUAAAGGCUGACACUGAUAACCAAGUGCCUAAGGUGUUCGCACAAAAAGCAACUCUUGUAUUAAAACAACAAAACCAACCGGAUGUGGUCAAGUCCUCCGCACCGCCACCUAGCGUGGACGAAGGCAAGCUAGAAGAGGACUGGGACAGUCUACCGCUGUGGAAGAGAGAGAUCAUGAUGAAGAGGGGAGGAGCCAUUAAGAACUGGGGCGACGAGCGGGAGCAGGUCAAUGUGCAAGGGGAAUAACUACAAAAUAUACGAUUCCGUUUCCGUUUUAAAUUGUCUCCCUUUGAAGCGUUGCUAUUAGCGUUAAUUAAGCGUUGUCAUGCCGCAAAAAAGUUAUGAUCGGUAAAAGAGCCUUUUUUUCGAGAAAACAUUUUUAAGUGAGAUUAUAUUGAGGAUAUUUGUUUCCGGUGUUAAUUAAGUCCCUUUUUAGUCAUAAUUCUAAUAUUAAUCAUUUACAGAAACAAUAUUUUUGCUUGUAUUCUUUUGAAUCUAUUCUACAUAAAAGCAUCGAUCAAUGUGUGGUAUAACACAUAUGUUAAUUGCCAUACCUCACUUCUUAAAAAAAAGCAUAAUGUAAAAAUAUCAAAAUAAACAUUUUUAUUGAAAUACUGCUUACGUACAAUCAAACUUGGUUGCCUUUUCGUUAAUUUUGAGCAGCAAGUAAACGUUCCGGCGCUGACUGGCAUUGAACUCAUUAUAGACUUUAAAAUCAUACUGUAAAAAGCCUAUACAAUAAUGCAUCAAUGUUGUAGAUUUUAUUAUGGUUGCAGUAAUAUGCAACAAUAAAGACCCUGUGGGAUUUAAAUAAAAGUAAAUUCCUAUCGUUGAAAACAUAUGAACAAAAGUAACAAUAUAUUACCAAUUGUAUCGUAGUUUCUGAAUGUGUUAAUUUUACAUUUGUGUUGGGUAAGAACAGAUUGUUAUUAUUAACGUUUUUAUUAAACGUACGAAUACAGACGUAUUCAAUAAAAAAAUAACAAUGUCAAUGUAUUUAAAUGAAAAUUACUUUUAUUUGUCAGGAUUUCUUCAGUGUUGUUUACUUUAUGUUAUUUCAUAAAAUGAUCGUUUUGUUAAAUAUGUACAUAUUAUUCAGUUAAAUUAGUUGUAAUGAUUUGUAUUUUUGGUGAUUAAGAAAUAACAUUUUUGAUUUUGAAAGUUGUGCUUCUAGUCAUUUGUUUGUUUGUCCGUGGAUGUUAAGUGUACGUCAAUUACUUUUUAAUAAAAUCAAUGAACGUAGUAUUUUAAAAUUUCAUUAACAACAUGUUGACCUUUGCGAUGAUUUUAUAUUAAUGCGAUUUUAUAUAUUUUAGUAUUGUUUAUAUAGCAAAAGCUUUUGUUCUUGCAGGCUAUUUCUUUUUUCUUUCCUGUAUUCGCAAGUUGUGUUGUUUUUUAUGUGUCAAUGCUAUGUCCUCAUAGAAUGCAUGUGUGCGUUUUUUCAGUAAAUUAAAUUAAGGAAAAGUGUAGAGUAUUCUUAUUGUUGCGACUUGAUGGGCUAAAUAGGUUUUGAACAUGAAGUAUAAAACUAUUUAAUAUAACAAUUAAUUAAUUUCCCAUUUGCAAUCCAGGUAUUGUUAUCAUAACACUACAAAUGCAUGGUAGUUGAUUUAAAACUUGUUAAUUAAUUUGGACUACAAAUGUACAUGUGCAUGUACACAUUGUUUACACGUAAACUAUGAUGCGCAAUAUAAAGCAGUUUAGAGUAAAAAGUGUUAUAACAUAUAUUCACUUUUUUAUUGAUUAUAAUGUCUUAAUUGGGGGGGGGUUGUUACGAACAGAUAUAUUUAUAGAAAUCAAGCUUAAAGUGAAAUUGAAGCAUAAACAGUAUGUAAACUUGUUUUAUAAUAAAUGUAUAAAAACUUUAGAA